CCUUCCUCCCUCGCCUUCCCGGUCCCGCGGCCGACGACCCGCGGGCAGGCACUGCCGGGGCUGCACUACCUCGGGCCGGCUCCCGGCGAAGCUCCCAGAGGGGCGGCCCUGCGCCCGGAGCCGGGGCACCCGCGAGCCCCCCCGGCCCUUCCCGCUCCGCGGAGGGGCGGCGCAGAGCUGGCGCAUCCGCGAGGCCCAGGGCGCCGCUGACCGCCUCCGGCAGCCCGGCGCCCAGGGGCUCCCCACGCGCCCGCGCCCGGGUGGCGGGAGCGGCGGCGAGAUGGCGGCGCGUGUCGGCCUCUUGCUGCGCGCCCUGCCGCUGCUGCUGUGGGGCGGCCUGGACGCCCAGCUCUCCGAGCGCCGAGGCCAGGAGCUGCGCAGGGAGGCGGAGGCAUUCCUGGAGAAGUACGGAUAUCUCAGUGAGCAGGUCCCCAAAGACCUCACCGCGGCAAGAUUCAGCAAUGCCAUCAGGGAGUUCCAGAGGGUAUCUCAGCUGCCCAUCAGCGGUGUGCUAGACCCCGCCACCCUGCGCCAGAUGACGCGGCCCCGCUGUGGGGUGGCAGACACAGACAGUCAGGUGGCCUGGACUGAGAGGGUCAGUGCCCUGUUUGCUGGACGCCGGGCCAAAAUGAGGCGUAAGAAACGCUUUGCAAAGCAAGGCAGCAAGUGGUACAAGCAGCACCUCUCCUACCGCCUGGUGAACUGGCCACAGCACCUCCCGGAGCCGGCCGUUCGUGGGGCCGUGCGCGCCGCCUUCCAACUGUGGAGCAACGUCUCGGCGCUGGAAUUCUGGGAGGCCCCAGCCACAGUCCCCGCUGACAUCCGCCUCACCUUCUUCCAAGGGGACCACAACGACGGGCUGGGCAACGCUUUUGAUGGCCCAGGGGGCGCCCUGGCGCACGCCUUCCUGCCCCGCCGGGGCGAAGCGCACUUCGACCGCGACGAGCGCUGGUCCCUGAGCCGCCGCCGCGGGCGCAACCUGUUCGUGGUGCUGGCGCACGAGAUCGGCCACACGCUCGGCCUGCCGCACUCGCCGGCGCCGCGCGCGCUCAUGGCGCCCUACUACAAGAGGCUGGGCCGCGACGCGCUGCUCAGCUGGGACGACGUGCUGGCCGUGCAGGGCCUGUAUGGGAAGCCCCAGGGGGGCUCCGUGGCCAUCCAGCUCCCAGGAAAGCUGUUCACUGACUUUGAGGCCUGGGACCCCCACAGACCACAGGGAAGGCGCCCCGAAAUCCAGGGUCCUAAAUAUUGCCACUCUUCCUUCGAUGCCAUCACUGUAGACGGGCAACAGCGACUGUACAUUUUUCAAGGAAGCCACUUCUGGGAGGUGGCGGCGGACGGCAAUGUCUCAGAGCCACGCCCACUACAGGAAAGGUGGGCGGGGCUGCCCCCCCACAUUGAGGCUGCUGCGGUGUCAUUGGACAGUGGGGACUUCUACUUCUUCAAAGGGAGCCGGUGCUGGAGGUUCCGGGGCCCCAAGCCAGUGUGGGGUUCGCCACAGCUGUGCCGGGCAGGGGGCCUACCCCGCCACCCCGACGCGGCCCUCUUCUUCCCGCCUCUGAGCCGACUCAUCCUCUUCAAGGGUGCCCACUACUAUGUGCUGGCCCGAGAUGGACUGCAGGUGGAGCCCUACUACCCGCGAGGCCUGCAGGACUGGGGUGGUGUCCCCGAGGAGGUCAGCGGCGCCCUGCCACGGCUGGACGGCUCCAUCGUCUUCUUCAGAGAUGACCGCUACUGGCGCCUUGACCAGGCCAGACUGCGGGCGACUGUCUCGGGCCGCUGGGCCGCAGAGCUGCCCUGGAUGGGCUGCUGGCACGCCAACUCGGGGGGCUCCCUGUUCUGAAGAUGCACCAAUUGCAACAAUUCACCCCUUAGUGAAUUGUUGGUGCCCUUGUGGCCAACGUGUGUCCCCUGCCCCAGGAACGGGACCUGCCUUGGAAGCCUCCGAGCUUCCCUGCUGAAGACCAGACAGGAAAGUUUGCGUUUGUUUCCUGGAGAAUUGCUUUGUGCUCUUAAGACACUGAUCUUUGUGGGAUCAGUCCAAGGAGAAGCCAAAAAGGGUCUCAAACCCCCCAGCCCUUUCCCAAAGGACCCUCCUCCCCAAGCCUCAGGGAUUUUGUUUCUUCUGCUAAAGGUGCACUUCCUGUCCAUGAGGCAACAGCACUGGGCGGCCAGGGAGGAUGCAAAACUCGAUGGAGAGGUUGGGACCACUUUGCAAGACUGUCUCCUUCUCCUCAGGACCUCCCUGGCUCAGUUUUUGGAGAAUUGUGUCUUUUUAAAUGAGAAGCCUCACUUCCAGGAAGCUUGGGUGGGUUGGGUACAAGGAUUUCCAACCUCAGAGAGCCGUGGGGGUCGGGGUGGGGGGUCAGGACCCAGAGCAAGAGGGAGACUGAUGCAGGCCUGCUGGGCCCCACUGGAAUAAAGCGGUGCCCCCAGCUGGUGGGCCCGGAAGCAGGCAUCAGCCUUCCUUGGAAUGGUUUCCAGUGAGAGCACGGAUGCUGGAGCGGCUGGAACAAUGUUCUUUCCCGUCCAAGCCAAGACUACAGACUGUGUGUGAGUCAUCGUGAUGGGGAGAGGUGGCCCGAAAAAGCAAAAAAGCUGGAGAGCCAUGGGUGGCAGGGAGAGGGUGGGGGCCUCUCUGGAGGGCUGCACUGCUGCAGGCGCUGGGGUCCCUGCAGGCUGGGGGAGGCCUCGUGCUCACAAUGGCCCCAUUCUUCAGGCCACACACGCAGCGUUCCAGGAGCUGGAUGGCUGGCCAAGAAUAGCUGGGAUUCCUGGAGAAGGAACCAGCUCUCCAGCCUCUCUUCUGCCUCAGCCAGUCUCAGCUUUUCAGCACCUGGUUCUCUUGUCCUCCCCCCACCCCCACCCCCCACACCUGCCAGUGCCUCAUUUGCACAAACACUGCAAGACCUGGCUUCCAGGGGAAGGGGAGAAUGAUCUAGCAAGAGUAAGCCUCAGCUCCCCAGGGGCAUUCUUGGCCCUCAGCCUUCAUUUUCGGGGGAAUGGCCCUUGACUGACCUUGGGUGCAAGUGCUCUGUUCCACCCUGUCCUGGGGGAGAUGGAAGGAGGCGGCGCUCCGCCUGCCCUUUUCCCUCCGACGUGAACCCCGGGGAAGGCGAAGGAGGGUCUUUAUCCCCCUCAAGGGAGCCACCUGGCCCCCACCUCAAGGCUCUGACAUUUUGAUUAGAGGCUUUAUUGAGUGACUGGAGGGGCAGGGGCAGGUUUCUCAGCCGUGAGGGAGCCCAGGGGUUAGUUUCUCUAGGCGAUGCCUCCGCGCACUGAGCCAGAGGACCUGAGCUACCCCGGAGAUGAAUGUGAGGCUGUGCCUGGGGCGCGAGUCCGGUGGGCGGGAGGCACUGGGUGCCGCCGGGACGGGAGCCCUCGGGAGGCGCUCAUGGAGGCAUAGAGCCCCAGGUGAUGUUGGGCUCAGCCUGGCGUGGGCGCUGGGUGACAGGUGGGCAGGCCCAUGGCGACCGUGGGCCGGCUUGCGGGCUUGGAGGAGGCGCUCUGGGAAGGGGCACUUCUGGAGGAGGUGGUGGCGGGGAGGCUGGGGUCAGGCGAGGACAGAGAGCACAAAGGCUGGCGGCGGGGGCGCUCAGGGGCACCCGGCGGCCCCCGCGCCCCCCGAGCGCCCCGAAGCCCGCACCUUCCGCAGAUCCGAGUGCUCGAGAAGGCAGUGCGCCACGUAGGCCGGGUGGCUGUGCAGGUUCCUGCACUUCUUGCAGAACAGGAUCUCGCAGCGCGCACAGCCCCCGGCGCGCGGCGGCCGGCGCCGCGUCUCCAGCACGCACGGCGGCUCCGGGAGGCUCCGCUUCCUGCGCGGGGCCCGGGACGCUCAGUGCCCCGCGCGGCCCCCUCCCGCCGCGGCCCCGCGCCCGCCGCCCGCCCCUGCCCCCACCCCCGACCGGGGCGCGCCCUUACCUGUCCGCGGGGGCCGCCAGGCCGCCGAGCAGCGCGAACGGGCCGAGCCAGCCCCAGAAGCCGCUGUCCGCGCGCCGCAGCAGCGCCACCUGCUGGGUGCUGGACUCCUGGCGCAGCGGGCAGUAGGACACGGAGCCCCGCUCGCGGCCCUCGCCGCCCUCCGCCUCCCGGCUCGGCGCCUCGCCCUCCGCCCCGCUCUGCUCCCGCGGCCUCGCCGCCGCCGCCUCCUCGUCCUCCUCGUCCUCCUCUUCCUCCGACCCCUCCUCUGCGGCAGCCUCCGCCUCGCUGGCCGGCGGCUCGGCCGGCUCCUUCUUCCACAAGGGGGUCUUCACUCCUGCGGGGCGGGGGGAGGGGGGAGGUCAGCGCAGGCCCGCUGUCCCCGGGGAAGAGCCGGGCACCCUGACUGCUGUCCACAACCCGACACCCCCCGACCCCCCCCCCCAAAAAAACGCAGGCGCCUGAAGGACAGUGUGCACGGGCUGCACCGGGCGAGACAGGGCCGCCGGGCUGCACCCCAUUUCCCAGGUUUCUACUCUUCCUCGCUGAGGAUUCGGGGCAGGUCACGUCGCUUCUGUCAAGCUCCGUGUCCCCAUCUGGAAAAAAUAGUGUUCCUGUCCAGGGCGACUGUGAGGCGGGGAGCAGGUUGCGACACACACCACCACCACCACCACCAUGGGCAGACCAGUUAGGAAAAGGCUGCCCUAGGAGUGAGCCAGUUAGAAAAAGGUGUCUCCUCUUCCUUCCAGGCUUGACCCCAAUUGCCAGCCGGAUUUCAGCCCCCAGUGUCCCUCUGGCGGGUGCCUUUAUGGAGAGCACAAAUUUCAUAACUCAUAACAGUAAUCCUGGCAGGCAGGACGUUGCCGGGCUGCCAUGGGAAGUAACCUGGCCUCUCCUGGUAGGAGUCCAAUCAUUCGGCAACCUUCCUCCCUCCCCCCGGUACCACCAUGUGUCUGUCCUGCUCUCUGCUGGAUCUGGGGAGCUAGACUUCCAAAGAAAAGCAGGUGGAUGAGGCCAGGGAAGACACCACAGUGGUUUGCAGUGGGAAGGUCAAGAGAAUUCCUAUUGGUCCCCGCCCAUCCUGUUUAAAGAGGUUGGGGACAAAGGGGAAUGACACAAUUAGUGUUUUAGCUCACAUGUAUUGAGCACCAACUGUAUGCAGUCACUGUGCUAAAUUCUUCACACAUUGUGCCCCUUCACCUUCACAACCACCUCGGGUAGGGGCGAGGGAGGUAACCGGGGCCUCUGAAUUUCAUCUAAGACUUCCGAAACCUUUCCAAAUAAAGUUGUUUCAAAGAUUC